AUGGCGUGGCCGAUCUACCUCUACCUUCCGAACAUCGUCGGGUACUUUCGCAUCCUGGCGAACGUAUGGGCCUUCGCCAUCGCUCUGUCCGAUCCCCGCCUCUUCGUCGCCCUUUACUUCUUCAGCUUCUUCUGUGAUUACGUGGACGGACGUUUUGCCACGUGGUUCAAUCAGAAGUCCACAUUCGGUGCUGUCUUGGACAUGGUCACAGACAGAAUGAGCACCACCUGUUUGCUCCUCGUGCUCUCCCACCUCUACCUGUCACUCAUGUGUGCGUGCAUGGCGCUGCUGGUGCUGGACCUGACGAGCCAUUGGUACCAGAUGUACAGCUCCUUCUUAGUGCGCAAGGCGAGUCACAAGGACGUGGCAGCAACGGACUUCUGGCUCAUGCGCUGGUACUACGGCAGCCGCCCCUUCAUGGCCUACUGCUGCAUUGGCGCUGAGCUGCUGUACCUCGUACUCUAUCUCGACUCAGACCCACUAAACCAACAAGUGCAGGUCUCCCUGCCUUAUCUCGGCCCCACGGGGGUCAUUCGAGCCCUCGGGCUGCUGUGUCUUCCGGGAUGGGCGCUCAAGCAGAUCACCAACGUGGUGCAGGUGAGAGAGGGGGGUGGGGGUGGGGAGGGGGAGCGGGAGGGGGAGGUGGGGGGUGCGUUGGGUGGAAGGUUGUGUACAGGGUUGGCGGAGGUGCAUGUGGGUGAUAAACGGGGGGUUCAUCCGAGCCUGUACCGUGCUGUGCUGUGCGUCAAGCAGCCCACCAACGUGGUGCAGGUGAGCAGCCCACCAACGUGGUGCAGUGCAGGUGAGCGGAGCCUUGCUAACGGGGAAGGGGGGUGGUUGACAUGGCAAUUAGACGGUGUGGAGGGCGCACCGGGGUGCAUGUGCGAUGGUGCAUGCCAGCUGAGCCAUAGCCUGGGAGGGGCUGUGAUGGCAAGCAUCGCAGCAGCGGCGCCAGGCGCGGGCAAGGGGCUGUAUCUUGUGCACAUGACGUCCGCGCCUCCGGUCGUCGCAUACAAAGGAGGAAUCGCGGGACUCACGGCGACGGCGGUGGCGGAGGAAGACGAGCCUUCCCCCGGCCGGACGUACCGGGGGAGCGCGGGGGUCAUGGGGGGGGAUGCGCGGAAGGGGCGGGGUCCGCGGCAGUUGCGCCCGCGCGCGGAUGACCCGCAUGUGCGCGCGUACGCGCAGCACCUGACGUCGCUGCACGAAAGGACUCUCACUUCUGUCGGUGUUGCGUCGACCAGUAUGGUGUAUAGCUACAAUUUCGCCGCCAACUCCUUCUGCGCGCAACUCACCCCCACGGAAGCGCAGCAGCUGCGGGCGCGCCCGGACGUUGGGCGCGUGGCGCGCGGGCGCAAGGUGCGCGCGCUCACGACGUACUCCCCGCGCUUCCUCAAGCUGGGCGCGCCGAAGGGCGCGUGGGAGGCGAACGGGGGGAAGAUGAGCGCGGGGGAGGGCGUGGUGGUGGGGAUUCUCGACACAGGCAUUUGGCCCGAACACCCUUCCUUCGCAAAUCAGGGCUAUGGUCCCCCACCCAAGCACUGGAAGGGCGCGUGUACGGGGCUGAAGAGGUGUAACGGCAAGGUGGUGGGCGCGCGCUACUUCCUCUCCGCGUACGAGCGCGAGUACGGCAAGAUCGCGCCAGGGGAGUAUCGCUCUGCGCGCGAUGCUGGCGGCCACGGCACGUGGUGUGCAGGAGCGGCGGUGGGCAACAGCGGGGUGGUGCUGACAGAGCGGGACGGCACGCCCAUCGGGACGGCCAGUGGCAUGGCGCCACGUGGCAGGCUGGCGGUGUACAAGGCGCUGUGGUACAACGCGUCAGAGGGGUACGGCCACGACUGCGACAUCUUUGCAGCCGUUGAUCAGGCCGUCGCGGACGGUGUGGAUGUGCUCUCCAUGAGCAUCGGAUCGGGCGAGGAUACCUACUUUGGCGACCUGCCCCUCCUGCGCGCAGCAGAGGCUGGCGUGUUCGUAACCCUAGCGGCAGGUAACGCAGGGCCGCCGGGUCAAGGCGGCGGCUCAUAUCGCACCAUCAGCAACACGUCCCCCUUCUAUCUCACCGUCGCCGCCAGCACCACGGACCACGACGCCGCCUUGCUCUACCGCGCGCGCUCAGCCGACUCUUCCUCUACAACCGCUGCUACGGCCGCCGCUUACGGUGAUAACUCGUCGUAUGUAGCAGAGGGUGCAUCAGCAGCAUCUAAACGCGGAUUCGUUUCCCAUGCCUCGCGGCCCCGGACCCUUCAAGCCGUCUACGAGGCGCCGGUGAUCGCGCCGUUCUCGUCGGCGGGACCACCACUGAACCCCUCGCGGCCUCCUCCCGCCACUCUGCAAGCGGAGAAGCGGCAGUCAGUGGCAGUGACGGCGCUGGUCUCAUAG